GCCGGGCCGUGCCGUGCCGUGCCGAGCCGUGCCGGGCCGAGCCGUGCCGGGCCGUGCCAUGGCCCCGCCGUGCGCCGGGGCGCUGCGCUGCGCGCUCCUCUGCGCGUUCCUUUGCGCGCUGCUGUGCGCGCAGGGCCCGGCCGCCACCCGCGCAGGAGAGUGCGGCGAGCUGCGAUCCUGCGAGACAUGCACCGCCGGCACCGCCUCGCCCAACGGCUCCGCCUGCGUCUGGGUGGGCUGCGGGGCGCGCCAGGAGCCAGAGACCUGGAGCUGCGUGCAGAGAGGGGCGGCAGCACGGGGGACGUGCGUGCUCUACAACACCACUGCCCUGUGCCCAGCAGCGCUGAAAUCCCCCACCAAAGAGCCCCCACAGCCCCCUAGCAAGGAGCCAGUGACGCAUUCGCCACGGACCAGCACCACCAGCGCCCCGCUGACCGGCAGCCCCGAGUUUCACCCCCCCGGCUUCGACACGGCCAGCUUCAUCGGCGGCAUCGUGCUGGUGCUGAGCGUCCAGGCCGUCGUCUUCUUCAUCAUCAAGUUCAUCAAGUCGAAGGACAGCACCUACCAAACGCUGAUCUGAGGCUGGGGCCGUGCUCUCCUCAUCCCCCCGGGGAGGCAGAGAAGAGGCCGGCGCUGCCACGUCCCUGUCCCUUGCUGGGACCCUCCCGCCUGCCCACAGGGCCCCCCCCCAGCACCACAACUAUGCAAAGCUGUCCUCUCUGCCCCGGGGGGGCUGCAGGACUCCCCCUCCGAGCCCUGCGUGUGUGGGGCCGGGGCUGGGAUGUGCCACCCAGGCCUGCCCCAUGUCCCCAGCGUGGCUGGGGACGCUUCUGGGGUGUUGGUGGCUGCGGUUGUGUGUCCCCCCCCCCCGAUGGGGAGCUGGGGUGGGGGGGGCCCCUCCAGCUCCAGCCCAGCCUUUGAGGCCCCCCAGUGCUUACCAGGAGGAGCCCAGGAAGCCGGGCAGUGGGAGGACACUUGGCCACAGUCAUUGGGGGGGGGGUGUUUGCCACCCCAAGCCCCCCACCCCAUGCCAGGCAGAGCCUGGGCUGGCACAGAGGGGGCUGAGACCCAAUAAAGGAUUUUCCUCCUA